AUUGAGUACCAGAGGAUGUCCAACAUCUCAAUAAUGGCAUUGCUUCUACAGCUGUUUCUUCUUCUGUCUCUUCCUCUCAUCUUCCUUCUUCUCAAACUUAUCAAAAAGAGAUCAAGAUUCAGUCCACCAGGCCCUCUUGGACUACCCUUCAUCGGAAACUUGCACCAGAUAAAUCACUCAAACCUCCAUACGUCCCUAUGGCAACUCUCCAAAUCCUACGGUCCAAUCGUAUCCCUCCAGUUGGGAUUCAUCCCAGCUAUCGUUGUUUCUUCAGCGAGUCUAGUGAAAGAAGUAUUGAAAACCCAAGAUAUCAUCUUUUGCAAUAGGCCUUCAUUGAUUGGCCAACAAAAGGUAUCUUACAAUGGCCUCGAAGUCAUUUUUUCACCCUGCAACGAGUACUGGAGAGAGAUGAGAAAGGUUUUUAUGGUUAACUUGUUAGGACCUAAAAAAGUUGAACGUUUUAGGUAUAUUCGAGAAGAUGAGGUCUCCAGUAUCAUGUCAAAGAUACAUGAGCUGACUCUAUCGUCAAAGCCAGUAAACUUGAGCGAACUCAUGAAGAGUGUGGCUAGUAGUAUAAUGAUGAGAUUGGCUUUUAGCAGGAGGUACAAAGAUGAACAGGAAAGAGAGGAGGUUCCUCGACUACUUACUGAAGUUCAGGCGAUGAUGGCGGAUUUCUUUGUUUCAGAUAUUUGGCCAGGUCUGCCUUUUGUGGGUUUGUUUGAUAAGUUAUUGGGCAAGAAGGAUAGGUUAGAUAAAUGUUUCCAAUACUUUGAUGUGUUUUACCAAGAACUCAUUGAGGAACACCUCAGUUCUCCAAACCCAAAGUCGCUUGAUAAAGAAGAGGAUUUUAUUGAUAUUUUACUACGACUCAAAGAAGACCAAUCCCUAAACCUCACGUACGAUCACAUUAAAGCCUUGCUCAUGGAUAUACUGGUAGCCGGAACAGAUACUAGUACGGCUACAGUGGUUUGGGCAAUGACAGCAAUGAUAAAGAACCCGAAUGUAAUGAAGAAAGCACAAGAAGAAGUGAGAAAAGUAGUUGGAAAGAAGGGUAAAGUCGAUGAAGACGAUCUUUCAAAACUUACCUAUUUGAAAGCAGUUGUAAAAGAGAUCUUUAGGUUAUAUCCUCCGGUUCCACUUCUAGUACCACGCGAAACAACAAAAGAUACAAUUUUACAUGGCUACAAAAUCAAAGCGAAAACCCUUGUAUUUGUUAAUGUGUUGGCUAUCGGAAGGGACCCUGAAUCUUGGGAGAGCCCAGAGGAGUUCUUGCCGGAGAGGUUUUUGGGAAGCAAUAUUGACUUUAAAGGGAAUGAUUUCGAGUUAAUUCCCUUUGGGGCGGGCAGAAGAAUCUGUCCUGGAAUCUCAAUGGGAGUUGUCACUGUGGAUCUUUUGCUUGCUAAUCUUGUUUACUUGUUUGAUUGGGGGUUGCCCAAUGGUAUGAACAAGGAAGAUAUAGAUUUUGAUGUUAACCCUGGGAUAACCAUGCACAAGAGGAAUGAUCUUUGCCUUAUGGCUCAUACGUACUUGUAAAAGAAGAUUAUCCAUAUAUUUAGCGUGU